GGCCAAUCACAAACGUUAACUGACUGAUUUACGCACGUUUUUCGUGCACUGUUAAUUAGUUGUUAUUUAAACAUUUGAACCCAACUGGGUGUCGUCUUUUGUAACGCUGAUCAUCAGUGUAGACGACUUUUUAGCUGCUAGUAUACAUUUACACAGUUAGCUGUCAAUAAGUUAUUUUGUGACCUGACUUGGUGUCAUGUGGGGAUUUUGAAGUCUUAAUAUUUCCAAAGAAAUGGCCAAUAUCCAACUGUCAAUCAACCCCUCAGUGAAAGCAGCUAUUUUUGAAGCACUGCAAGCUGGUGUCAGUGAUAAUACAGCUCUUAUCAAAGAAGCAGAAAUCUAUUUGAAGACUGUUGAAAGUACACCAGUUUUUCACCUAACUUUAGUUGAAAUAAUAACAAAUACCUCGAUUGAUGUGAAAGUGCGGUGGCUGGCCUCAGUGUACUUCAAAAAUGGAAUUGACAGAUAUUGGCGAAAAAAUACAUCCAACUCAAUUCCAGAGGGUGAAAAAACAAUUUUACGACAAAAGUUGAUUAGUCACAUAAAUGAACCUGUUCUGCAAGUUGCCACACAGCUAGCUAUUAUUAUUUCAAAGAUUGCAAGAUAUGACUAUCCAAAAGAAUGGCCAGAACUGUUACCUUCUCUCUUGCAUCUUGUGAGAACUGAAGAUGAUUUGGUCCAGCAGAGAGCUUUGCUGUACUUGCACCAUGUAACUAAGUCUCUUGCGUCUAAAAGACUGGCAGGAGAUCGCCGCGCGUUCCAGGAUCUGAGCUCUGAAAUGUACAGCUAUGUGUAUGCCCUUUAUAGUCAUCUGAGUCAAACACUUAUGCAGCAAAUGGAAACUAGUAAUGUUGAGACUGUAGGGGCUACGAUGGAGAAAGCGCUACUCUGUUUGCGUGUUAUGCGAAAGUUGACUGUCCACGGAUUUAAGACGCCUCAUCAAACUAAUUCUGUUAUGGAAUUCGUUCAAAGUCUAUACGAGCGGAUUAAAAACCUUCUACAAUACCGUCAGGUGAUCCUGUCCAACGAAAGCCUAUUGGCUCUGUGCGAAAAAUAUCUGGUCGUUCAUUGCAAGGUUCUUAGGGAUCUUCUGGAUUUCCAUCCUUUCUCUUUUGUCCCGUUUAUCCGUAUGACUGUAGAGUUCGUCCUUCACUACUUGUUCCAGCCUGAAAACCAAAUUCUGCUAUUCGAUUCUUUUGUAGUACAGUGCCUAAAUUUGAUAAAGGGCAUUGUACUAUGUGCUGAAUACAGGCCAGCGAAGGUUAUCGAAGAUACUAAGGAACCUGCCACCCUUGAAGCCUAUCGCAUAAAGUCAGAAGUUUUUACGCCCGACUCACUCUCUUUGAUGUGCCGACAAUUGAUCGAAAACUAUCUACUGCUCUCGCAGGAGGAUCUUCAUUUGUGGGAAACCAAUCCGGAAGAAUUUGCUGCGGAAGAAGGUGGUGAAGCUUGGAAAUACAGUCUUAGGCCUUGUACAGGAUGUUUAUUUUUGAGUCUUUUCCACGAAUAUCAGUCUAUUUUGAGUCCAGUAUUGAUCUCCAUGCUGAACGAAAGUAUGGGACUGAUACCUCCGAACGAUAUGAGUCGGAUAAUCAAAAAGGAUGCGCUUUACAAUGCUAUCGGGCUUGCAGCCUUUGAGUUAUUCGAUGAGGUGGAUUUCGAUCGAUGGUUUAGUCAGGUGUUAUUGCAAGAACUUCGCGUGAAAGAAAGUAAUUACCGCAUUCUACGACGAAGAGUUGUGUGGCUUUUGGGCCGAUGGAUAGGGGUCAAGCUUUCGGUUGACCUCCGACCUUUGAUUUAUGAAACGGUCCUGGGUUUAAUGGAGCCUGGUGAAGAUCUGGUCAUUCGCUUGUCUUCUGCUGUGACACUGCGAUCAGCGUUGGAUGACUUUGAGUUCAACGCGGAACAGUUUCUUCCGUAUCUCGAGCGAUCAUUUUCUCUGCUAUUCACUUUGUUGAAGGAGACAGAAGAAUGUGAAACAAAAAUGAACGUGUUAAACGUGAUGUCGCUUCUCAUCGAAUUACUUGGGAACCAAAUGAAGCCUUUUCUAGGUACAUUGCUACAGCUUCUUCCUGCUCUGUGGGAUGCCUCCGACGAGCACAAUUUGUUGCGAUGUGCAAUUAUUAGCACUCUCGUGCAUGUUGUUAAGGGAGUCGGAAGUAAUACCGAAGACUUGCUUCAUUGCCUGCUACCUGUUGUGGCCUACAGCACUGACUCUGAGCAACCUGCCCAUGUAUAUUUGUUGGACGAUGCUUUAGCUUUGUGGCAAGCAAUGAUCGAGUCACUGUCUCAGGCUAAUCCCCAAGUACUGCAACUACUGAAUAACAUGCCGCAGUUGCUCGAAUUGGGUUCCGAAAAUCUCAUCAUUUGCUGCGAUAUUCUUAAGGCAUAUAUUUACUUGUGCCCCGACGAGUUUCUUGCGAUGUACGGAUCUCGCAUCGUUAAUGUUUUGAUGGAGCAAAUCGUCGAUAUGCGCCCGGAAGGUGAAAUGAGAGUUAUGUCUGUGAUAGAGAGCAUGCUUGUCAAUCGGCCUGAAACCGCAGCAUCAAUCGUUUCUCCCAUUUUACCGUUCGUUGUUUCGAGCUUAUUGGAUGGGUCUAGCACGGCUUUGAUUAUUACAUCCUUUUUUUCGGCCAUUUCCCGUGUUGUACUUGCAUCUAAGGAUAUUUUCUUUCAAGUGAUUGCAGAAGUUGCUCGAAGGGAGAAGCAAACCCCCGAGUUCGUACUGGACAAAUUUAUGACCUUAUGGAUUGACAAAAUGUCCAGCGUUUUUGCUUUAGAGAAAAAGAAACUUUUGGCCAUUGCUUUGGCUUCCCUCUUAACUUGCCAAUCGGAUAUUAUCUUGGACAAAAUAUGCGGCAUUUUUAUGCGCAUCUGUGAAACUAUCAAUGACAUAUUGCCACCUACCGAUUCCGGCGAAGAAAUCGACCGGUUGGUAUACGCUCCCGGACAUGUUCAGGCUGACGAAGGUGAAGAAGAAGUUGAUAAUGAACACUUGAAGCGCUACAUCUCUACUCGCCGAUCGGUAGAUCCAGUGUUCACUCUACCGCUUCCAACAUACUUUCGAAAUCAGAUCACGCAGUUGGAGGCGCAAGUGGGCUCCGCCCGCUUCCAAGACAUGACGCAGACAGUUGAUAAUGAAACUCUGGAAAUGAUGCGAAAUUUCCUCAGCCCUCAGCCUCGCAACAACCAAUUGUGAAUUCAGCUUUGUUUGUGUAUUCUUACAUCAUCGAUAUCCUUGCAAACAACUCCCUUCCAUUUUGAAGCUCUUAAUCUAGCAUUUGAGUAACCUAUAAAUGAAUAAAAAAAAAGAAUAUGUAACAAAA